AUGAGUCCGGGCAUCUCGGGCUUCAACGGAUACUUCCAACCAACGAUUGAACACGGACUAAGAGGCGGAUCAAGUGACACAUCUCAGACCAUUGAAGCACAAGCUGCGGUGUUUGUGCGCAAAGGCCUCCCACAGGCACAAAUAGAUACGACGGCCUACUGCAACCCGUUCCAGGAGGUGGUGGCGGUUCGCUGCACGCUUGGACGUCACCGGGUCAUCCUAACCUCCUGCUACGCGAGACCUGAGUCAAGCUGUUCCAGGCGCGGCCACGCUGGACAAGCCGGCUUCCAAUGGCUGAUGGACCUCCGGCAGCGCUACCCCCGUGACCGCCUGCUCGUGGCGGGCGAUUUUAACGCGCACCACCCGGACUGGGGGUACUCGAUUGCUAACGCCAGGGGCGCGCGGCUAAAGGAGGCAGCGGAGUUGGCGCACCUCACCCUGGCCAACGACCUCGACUACCCAACGCGCCACGGACUGCACGAGGGACAGCGAGACACCACCCCGGACCUGACCUGGGCAGACUCCCGACUGGUGACCGACUGGCGGUGCGGACCGGACCCUAUGGGGUCCGACCACUAUCCCAUCUGGCUGGAGCUCUCAACCGGCGGCAAAGCAGGGCGCAGACGUUUAACUCAGGCUAUCGACUGGGACGCCUUCCGAAAGGCGGUGGCCACGUGCGAAGACGCGGUUCCCGUAACCGCAAAAUUACUGAGGGCAGCGCAAGCGGCCACGCGAAACCUGGAGGUGGAAGACCAAGACCCGGUUCCCGACAAACAUCUAAUCAACCUGUGGGAAGCACGCAAGCGGCUCCACAAGAUAUAUCUUAACAACGGCAAACGAUUCAAGGACCUAGUGCGUUUGCGCAACAAGACGGCACAGGGACGUAGAUAUGCCAACCGCCUGGCUCGCUCGAGGUGGCUUGACCACUGCGCGACGUUUGACGAACGAACUGGCACCCGCAAGCUAUGGCGCGCCCACAGAGCCUUGACCGGCAAGACCAAGGCGCCCAACACUGCUCGCAACAUCCAGCUAGCCACCGACCAAACUCCGGAGCAGUUUGAGGAAGCGGCCGCCAAGGCCUUUUUCCCACAACCUGCUAACGAUCCGGACCUGUGCCUGUACGAACUGCAACCGCCGAGCGACACAGAACAAGACGCCCCGUUCACGAUUCAAGAAUUGACACUGGCCUUGGACUCUAGUCCGGAUCAAAUACAGAACCUCCGACCAAUCUCACUUACGUCUACGCUAUGCAAGCUAAUCGAACGGAUGAUCCUUACGCGACUCACGUAUGUCUUGGAAGAAGCCAGGGACGACCCUUACUACGACACUGCGCAGACCGGUUUUCGCCCCGGACUGUGCACCCACGACAGCCUACACCUCCUUCGAAACUUUGUGGGUAAGAGGCGCCGAGGAACCAACAAGGUACCCGGACUCCUGGUGGCAGUGGAUCUCCGGAAAGCUUUUGACACCGUCGAGCAUUCGGCAGUGAUCGAGGAACUCGAAGAGAGUGGCGCAGGCACCCGCAUAAUCAAUUUCGUGAAAAGCUUCCUCAAGAAUCGUACCUUUGAGAUCAGCUCGGGCGCCCAGCAACCCCGCAUGUUCCAGAAUUUCCGUGGAGUACCUCAAGGAGCCAUCCUUUCGCCGACCCUUUUCAACUUGGUCAUGAGAAAAAUAGCAAGAGUGUUGCGCGCCAUCCCACACCUUCAGCACACAACUUAUGCGGACGACAUCACCCUUUGGGUGGACCCCCGAAACACAAAGCUCGACACUAAAGAAACGGUCGAAACCAUGCAGAUGGCCCUAGAUGCCAUUGACCAGUGCCUGCAAACUACGGGCAUGCAACCUUCCCCAGAGAAGACAGCCUUCCUCAUCGUCGGCGGUCUUGAGCACAACAGAGCUCAAAUACACCUGACCCUGGCCGGCCAAUCCAUUCAGCGCUCCCCCGAACGCUGGAUUCGCAUAUUGGGAGUCCCACUGCACGAACAAGGAGGAGCGCAAGAGUGGAUCAAGCAACUCAAACCCAAGUGGCGACAACAGCUCCAACUCAUUAAGAGAAUGGGCAACCGCCUCGGUGGCGCGGGCACGAGCACCAUCCGCUUGCUCACUCAAGCAGUCCUGACCUCAAAAGCCUGCUAUGGAGCCGCAUGUUUCGUCCUGACCAAGGCGCAGCUCAAACAGCUGGAAAUAUUGCAUCGUGAAAGCCUGCGUGCAAUCACCGGUCUCCCAAGACACACUAAGACGGAAGAGCUGUAUCGGUACUCGAAUCUUCCGACUCUACAAGCCAUCAUUGAGACCCGCGUUGCCGGCCAUCAGCGGCGCCGGACAUCGACUAGAGCCGGUCAACGUCUUCUGGAUUUACAGGGUUGGCGGCCUCCCGUAGGAGAGGCCCCGCCUCUGAAGAGCAUGCCACCAUGGGAGGACAUUAUGGUCAGAAACCCCAAGCCGCUCACUCGCAAACAACACCGCGAAGAACAUUCAGAAGAAAGAGCUGCACUUGCUGCGCGGGCAGACCUCGUGGAGCACGCGGUCUUCACAGACGCCGCAUGGUGCCAAGAGACGAAGCGGGCCACACUCGCCUACGCUACUGGCCAGGACCGAUAUGCUCAGACACUUCAAUACGACAGCGAACCUAGCACGAGCCGCCUCGAACUGGAUGCAAUACACCUGGCACUAUCUCGAAUAAGAGAGACAUUCGACCCAGUGGACGUACCCACCCGUGUAACCAUCUUCACGGAUUGUAGGGAAGCCCUUGCCCGUCUGGGGAAAACUCCUCGCGAAGGGACGCUCUGCCAGCGAAUCAAGAGUCUGUGCUCGUAUUUGAAAAACACCAAAGGUAUUGAGGUGAGAGUGGACUGGGUCCCGGGACACGCGGGCGGCAUCGGUAACGAGGCCGCACACGCGUGGGCGAGCGAGCAAAGGGAAGACCGCUCCAACCCAGGGAUCUUCGUCCCCUUCGCGCCGCCGGACCCAGACCCCAUAGAGAAGAAAUCUGCGGCCCGACAAGAGGAUCAGCGUCGGCUGCGAGAUCAAACACCCUACAACCCGGCACCGCUACCCAAGGGUUUACCCAGAGGGGCACAAGUGUUAAUUCACAAGGCCCGCACCGGAGCUGCGCUCACCGAAGACAUACUCGCUCGGUGGCGUAGCUACAAACCACGGAGGGGCCGCCCACCCGACCAAGUGCCACCGGAAGGGUCCGAGCCCGCUGCACUUGUCGUCUGCACUACAUGCACCGCCGGCGUGAGCCCGACGAUCCGACACUUACUCUGGGAUUGUGCCGGCUUGCGAGACAAAAGAGCCGAACACCUGGGGCCUCACAUCGACACUUUAGAGGCCUGGAUCACACCGGUUAACGAGGCACGGGCCAGGGAGACGCUGAUCUCCCUAUGGGAGUUCGCGCGCUCGACAGGAGUGCACCGCCGAAUGUAAAGUUUUCCUACCUAUGUUCCCCUUCCCCCAAUGAGGCCAUGGCGCCACCCUUUUUGAAAAUAAAGUUAAUCAUC